AUUUUGGAUAACGAGGCGUUGUGCAACGAGCUCGCCCUCCAUCUCCAGUCGAAGGGCAAGUACAUCUCACGCCAGGAUGUCGUCGAUUAUAUCGACUGUCCGGAUGUGAGGAGCCGAUACGGGAUCCACAAGGGUAUAUCGCUGGCUACUGCGGGGGAAUGGCUGUGGCGGAUGGGCUACAGAUGGCGUAGGACUCGUUGCGGGCAGUACGUUGAUGGUCACGAGCGGCGCAAUGUCGUAUGGUACUGCCAGAAGGAAUUCUUGCCCGCUAUCACUGAGGCAGAGCACCAAACAUGCACCUGGAUCCUCACACACCUCGACACGCUCGGCCCACUACCUCGUAAUCGCUUGCUUGUCAUCAGGUUCCACAAUGAGUCUACUUUCUACGCUAAUGAUCGACGCGAUGUUGUCUGGGUUCACAAGGACAGCACACCUACACCUCGAGCAAAGGGAGAAGGAGCAUCGUAUAUGGUGGCCGAUUAC